CUCCGCGCAGCAUUCAAGCAUCCCUAUGCGUUUUCGCAAAUCAUUUCAUUCGGAUCUGCAGGAUUCAAACCACAGCAGUUCAUUUGCAACCGAAAUGGACCCAUAGUAUGACAACUUUCAUUUGAGUUGAUUUGGUUUCGUUCAUUGUCAUAUUUGAUAUUUAUUUUUCUUCAUCCGAUAUCAUUGUUUUUUCUACAUUUUUCUACUCUCAUCCACAAUUAAUUUUCAUUGCAUCCAGUUUGCUCAUCACCACCAGCUCUAAAGGGAAUACUGUAUCUCGAACAGAUCUCUCUCUCUGUCUUGCCUGCUGCUACUCGAGAGGAGCUGGCGCACUUUGGAUUGGUACCUUGACUGGUUUACCAAGAACCGGACAAACGGGGGAUUUAUUCUUUGCGUCUGCGCUCGUGGAAGUGGACAACGGCUGCGACAGGGUCGCCUUUCUGUUGCGAGGAAUGUACCCUGUGCUAAGGUCGGCUCGCUGAAGGAGAAUAUUGACGCGCUAUCUUCUCCCCUCUCUCUCUCUCUCUCUAUCUCUGUAUGAAAGACUGCCUUGCACCUUUGGUUUUUGUAUUCCGGAGGAGCUCGUGUAAAGGGACUAACUCCGCAGCAGGUCCCUUCUUGGAGAUGCUCUACAUUUGAUUGGUUUACGCAUUUGCUUCUUCGUCUCUUUCCCCUGGUCGGAUCGUGAUCUAGAGUCGAACUGCCUCAGUCAUUCUCUUGGGCGUUUCAAGUCUCUUUUUUUUGGACAUAUCCUUUCGGAUCGGAUUGUGACCCUCCCAGAAGACCGCAAUAAUGGGGGACUCGAUGUGGAGAUAUUAUUUUGGAGUUUUGUUUAUUGCGUGCAAGAUGAUCUUGACCAGGGCGGUAGUUAUGGAGGCCAUAUAUUGGAACACAACAAAUACCAAAUUCGUGCCAGGACAGGGCUUGGUGUUGUACCCUCAGAUAGGGGAUAAGUUGGACAUAGUGUGCCCACGUGUGGACGGAGUGGCUGACGGGGUGGAGUAUUACAAGAUCCAUAUGGUUCCCAGGGAGCAGCUGGAGAGCUGCACAAUCACCAAGGCUGACACGCCGCUGCUCAACUGUGUGAAGCCUGACCAGGAUGUCAAGUUCACCCUCAAGUUUCAGGAGUUCAGCCCCAACCUGUGGGGCCUGGAGUUCUUCAGAGGACAAGACUACUACAUAAUCUCAACCUCUAAUGGCACCAUGGAGGGGCUUUCGAACCAGGAAGGAGGAGUUUGCAAGAUGAAGUCCAUGAAAAUAAUCAUGAAAGUGGGACAAAGUCCCUCCGAUCCUGUCUCACCCAAAGACUACCCCACCAGAUACCCUCCGAAGCAGCCCGACACAGUGGGGAAGGACUCCUACAAACCAAAUGAAGUGCUGGAGAAGACAGAUUCGUCGUCCAGGGAGGGCGAGGGCGACCAGGGGCCGGGUGGGAAGUCCUCCAGCGUCAUCAGCUCCGACGUGGCCCUGUUCGCCAGCAUCGCCUCGGGCAGCGUCAUCUUCAUCGUCAUCAUCAUCAUGCUGGUCCUGCUGCUGCUCAAGUACCGGCGGCGGCACCGGAAGCACUCUCCGCAGCACGCCACCACGCUGUCGCUCAGCACGCUGGCCACGCCCAAACGGGGCAACAACAACGGUUCGGAGCCCAGUGACAUCAUCAUCCCUCUCAGGACUUCGGACAGCGUCUUCUGCCCGCACUACGAGAAGGUCAGUGGGGACUACGGUCACCCAGUGUACAUCGUUCAGGAGAUGCCCCCACAGAGCCCUGCCAACAUCUACUACAAGGUCUAAACUCAGCUCCACCACCCCCUCCCCCCUGGCAGGGCGGCUUUGGAUUGGUCCUUUCCCAUCUCUCUCUCAUUGUUCUUGUUGUUUUCACAGAAACGUCACUCUUGUGGUUAUUAUUCUUGGUUGUUGGGAUUCGUUGGAGAACUCAAAGAGAAAAGCUGUUGCUGCUCUCUGGGGAUUUUUUAAUU